CAUGUUGACAUCUGUUUGAAAAUAGGUUAGGAUAACUUGAAAAUGGAUUAAUUUAAAUAAAAGGUUCGUGAUAAUGUUAUCACGACGUUUACACACCGAUCGACAGUUCCGUGAAUCAAUUGUGCAGCCGUGUUAAUCAACCACAUCAAAUAGAUGAAUACAUGGAACCUAAUAGUCUGCGGAUGAGCCUACUAGAUGAAGAAGAAAUGGUUUCGACGAGAGAUUGGCGCAGAGCACUUAGAUCUCAGCCCGCAUAUCGGGUGGUAAAUAAAACAAUACGUGGCCAAACCACUUUUAUAUCAAUUGUUGGUGUUACCGGUUUGUUAAUACUCAUUUACUUUUAUAUGAGAAAGGGUGGCACACCAUUAAGAUCUAGUAGCUACAACUACACCUACCCUUUAACCAGACCAAUCAAAACUAGCUCACUGCAUACUUUUAAAAUAGGUAUCAUAGCAGAUUUGGACACAAAUUCUAAAAGUGAGACAGAAAAGAAUACGUGGUUUUCCUAUUUAAAAACUGGCUACCUCGCAUACAAUCCCCACACUCACAGGGUGACAAUAACAUGGGACAAAACAGAUCCAAUUAGAUUAACAAAUAAUUAUGCAUUGAAAGGCAGAGGCAUGGAAUUAUCUGAACUGGUUGUUUUCGAUGGUAAACUAUUAACUUUUGAUGAUAGAACAGGACUUGUCUAUGAAAUUGUCAACAAUAAAGUCCUGCCUUGGGUACUUUUAAUGGAUGGUGAUGGAAAAAACGCAAAGGGAUUUAAGUCGGAAUGGGCGACGGUAAAGAAAGAGAUCCUUUACGUCGGAUCCAUGGGAAAAGAAUGGACAACACCGAGCGGCGAUUUCGAGAACGCCAAUCCCCAGUACAUCAAGACAGUAACAACUAAAGGCCAAGUCUCUCACAUAAACUGGGAGGAAGGUUAUAAAAGGAUCCGCAGUGUGCUGGGCAUCUCGUGGCCAGGCUACAUGAUUCAUGAGAGCGCCGUCUGGUCCCCUGUGCAUGAACGCUGGUACUUUUUGCCGCGCAGAUGCAGCAAUGAGCGCUACAACGAGUCGCUGGACGAGAAACGAGGCUGUUCCGUUUUGAUUUCCACCGACGAGGACCUGUAUGACGUGCAACAAGUGCCACUGUACACGGAGAGCGCGGCAAAGGGUUUCUCCAGUUUUAAAUUCGUGCCGACUUCUAGUGAUCAUGUGAUAGUAGCUUUAAGAACGGUCGAACUGAACGGCAAAACCGGCACGUACAUAACUGCUUUCACUGUGAAGGGUGAACUGUUAAUGGAGGAUUCGUACGUGUCGGAUGAUAAGUAUGAGGGUCUCGAGUUCAUUUAGCAUUCCCGAAAUUUGAUUUUAGGUGUAAUUAAUUUAAAUUUUUGUAAUAUAAUUGUAUAUUUGUACAAGUAUUUAUAAAAAAAAUAAUAUAUUAGAACGGACCGUAUCAAUACCAAUUAUCUGUAAAUAAACGAUUUAAAUAUU